AUGUUAAAUGGUGGGCAGUUUGUGGAGGCCGUGGGCCGCCUGGGGUAUCCUGAUGCUUCAUCACUCAAGGCCUCUGAGUUUGACUGGCUCUUUGACUGUGCACCUGAGAACCUCCAUUUUCUGCGCUUUGUUUGUCGAACCCUCAACUCAAGCAACAUUCUCACCUUGGAGGAGGCUAGUGCCUUCCAGGAGCUGCAAAAGUCUGGCAAACCUAUUUUGGAUGAGGCAGCUUUAGAAGAAGUACUCAAAACAAUCGGGCUUUCAGAUGGAAGCACCAUGAACUCAACUUCAUGCUCAGUAUUUGCAACAGAUGGAGAAAUUACCUCAGAGGCUUUGGAGGCAGAGCUCAAAGCUCUACAAAAAGAGAAGGAUUUGAAGCAAAAACGCUACAACAAGUUACAGCUCACCGCAACUUCACGGGCAGAUGUGGACCUGCGGCUCACAGCAGAAAUGGAAAAGACGGCUAAUGCAUUAAAAGAAACUAAUGCCUUGAUUGGUGCUGAGAAUGCGCUCACCAACACAGUUUUACAAAAUCUGACAGACGAAAUGAAACGCUUAAGUUCAUUAGUUGUUGAUGCACAUGACAAAAAUGGACGUAGUGAACCUUUUGCAUCCAGUGUCUCCUUGCGACCCUCUGUCCUCCUGUCCCUUUUGUCAUUGGAUCCAUAUCUGCAACAGGAAGAACUCAAUACAAAAACACUAGCAGCCUUCACCCAGAAGCAUUUUUUCAAAGGCAUCAGUGAUAUUGUUGAGUCCUCCUACUCGGGGCGCCUUCAACUCCUGGACCUUAGCUCUUGUGAGGACGAGGAAACAAGUGUGUACAGUUUAGUCAAAGACUCUGAGGGACAGGAAGUGGAACGCAGAAGGACCGAGAUGGCCAGACUCCAGUGGGCUCAUAUAGUUGCCCAUUACCAGCUAAUUCAAGCCCUAGCUGAGGAAAAGAGUCUUACAGCUGCGCUGGACUGGGUCUCUGAGAAGUCCUCUCAUGUCAAGAGAAUUUCACUGUCGUCCUCGCUCCAUAUGCGUGAAGUUGUCCUGAAAAAAGAACUUCAGGCUGUGGAAACCGAACUGGAAGCACUUCUCCAAGGUCCAGUUCCUGCGGCCCUGAGGGAGUCCGCCCGACAGGUUAAUGUCCCAAUUGUGAGAGGAGACCUGGCUCUGCAGUUAGCCAGACAAGACUACUACACACAAAGACAGAACCAGGUGCGUGACUACCUCCUCCGCCAAAAGGCAUCGUUUGAUUUACUGCACUUGGCUCAGGAGAUGGAAUUGAGAAGAUGGACAACUUGCUUCAAGGAGCUGGAAGAAGUUUGCGUUAAACUGACAAAGCACAGUGAAGCGGUGUCGCACAGAAUCGAUGCACUGGCUCACCCUGACCUCAUCAUCAACCCCAGACCAAAUCCUAUCAUCAAUAGCAAAGAUGUGGCAUUUAGCAGGUUGCUUGAAAUCCUCAACUGUGGCUCAAAAUGUAGUCCUUCUGAGCCGUUUCAAACAUAUGAAGCCUUAAACCAGGCGGCCCGAGACCUGUCCGCAGACCUCCAAACAGCUGGAGAAGCUAUGGCUGGAGCAGCUCGUGAGCAGAAGUACACUGGAGCCUGCCUCCACGGGCACUGUGAGGCGCUGCACAGGGCCAUGUACACAGAGCUCCAGCAGGUGGUCUUACGCCCUCAGGUACCUCCACUGGCCUCAGAACAACCACAGCUCUGUCCAAACGCACAGGAACUGAGCAUGAAGCUCAUGGACGCUGAAUCCCAAUUGCAGCGUCUCCAGCAAGUGAUGCAGGAAAUAAUGACUCAAAAGAUCCUCACGGCUCUUCGAGCUCAAAGGAAACAUGUGUCAAGGGUCAAUACCAGACACUACCAACACGACCGUCUAUUGGGAAAUGGGCAAUAUGAAGGCCAGUGGGAGCCCUUUUGUCAAAGCACCCCAAGUCAGCAAGAAGGGAAUUCCCAGCCCUCAGUGACCCCACCCUACACUCAAUCCUCUCAAGCACAACAUUGGAACCUGUCCUCGCAAUUGGAGACAGACAAAAGUUUCCCACAAACUGACCCAUACACUCGUCCUCUGAAAUCCUCUCAAAGCAUUUCUGGGAAGGUCGUUGCUUGGAAAAGCGCUGAAGAAAUACCAAAGUCUCUACCAGAAGGUCCUAAUGAAAUGCCUUUUUUAAAAGAGACCAAAAACUGGCCUGAUGACCCGUGGGAAACUUCAAACUCUGCUGCCCCUGUCAACUCCCCUGGCUGUAAAGGCACACUUCCUACUUUUAUAAAGGAAUCUGCUCCAGAGGGGAAUCUGUUCAACCUUGAAGUUUCUUGUGAAGUCCACUCGGAUGCGAUUCCUUGUUCCUCUUUUACGGCACAAAAAAAACGCACUGAUGAAAUUAAACAUGGCUCCAUUUCUGUUGAUGGUCCUAAUCAUAGAGAAGUUGGGAAAUGCAUGAGAUCCAAACCAGGAAAUUUCACAUCAAGUUUGACAUCUGACCCGAGAGUGACAGAUGCAUCCAAACUGAGCCAAGGGGAUAUGGACUCCAUUGUAAAGAAGGCACAGCAGUCAGUGGCCCUGGUGCUUACAAUGGUUUUCCGCGAUGGGACCACACAUCUGGAUCCAGAGCAGAAGCGGAGUCCACCUGCGUGCGGCCUUCUCUUGCUUAUUAAGACCACUAAGGACACGGCUCUGGAGACUCUUGGGCCAAAGGAUAUUCUGCUUUACUUAAAACUAGAGUGUGCACCUGCCUGGGCCCAGCACCCCACGCCUCAUAUCCACGAGAUGUUUACACGAGAUUUGCUGCUGCAGGUGUUUUCUUCUUCAGCUCUGGUUGUGUGCUACAAAGCCAAGGAUGUGCUGCGUGUCCUGAGGCAGCUUUACAAAAGAGAGUUCACAUGGAAACAAGUUCAAGGCUGUCAAAUCCAUGAUCCCCAACUGUCAGGCUGGCUCUUGGACCCCACAGACCCAGCCACUUGCUUUCAGGAUCUUCUUUAUAAACACUGUCGGAAUCCCUGCACAACACCAGCCCUGGGCACCAAGAAGGUUACUCAAAUCAUCACUGGUCUCUGUUCUCUCUAUCGUUUGAACAUUAAAUUAUGUGAAAAACUUAAGAAUCAGGGACUGUGGCAGCUUUAUUCAGACAUGGAGUUGAAAAUGCUCCCAGUGCUUGCAGCUAUGGAAGUCUGUCAGAUCCAUGUGGACAAAGAGGCUCUCAAAAGAACAUCUGAUCUACUAGGGACAAAGAUGAAACAGUUGGAGCAAGAGGCUCACAAAGCAGCGGGGCAGAUGUUCUUGCUGACCAGCAGCACUCAGCUACGAACUGUUCUGUUUGAAAGAUUAUGUCUCCAUGAGCAUUGUGAAAACAAGAAGCUUCCCAAGACUAUCAACAAACAGCAGUCCACAUCAGAAGCAGCAUUAUUACAACUUCAAGAUCUUCACCCUCUUCCAAAAAUAAUCUUGGAGUAUCGCCAGAUUCACAAGAUCAAGUCUACUUUUGUUGAUGGGAUUCUUUCAUGCAUGAUGACCAAGAACUAUAUUUCCUCCACAUGGCACCAGACGAGUGUAGUUACAGGCAGAGUCUCAGCCACACAUCCAAACUUCCAAGCUCUUCCGAGACAGCCUCUUCAAGUGACCAGAAAACAGUUCAUUGCAGAAAAGGAAGACGAGGUUGUGACUGUGCAUCCUCGAGCCAUGUUUGUUCCUAAAGAGGGUUGGACUUUCCUCUCUGCAGACUUCUGCCAGGUGGAGCUCCGUCUGUUAGCUCACCUCUCCUCUGACCCCGAGCUGCUCCGCGUCUUCACCAGCCCAGAGGCGGACGUCUUCAAUAUGCUGGCCUCCCAAUGGAAAGGUGUAAGUGUAAAAGAAGUGUCAUCGGAGGACCGGGAACACGCCAAACGCAUUGUCUACUCUGUGGUGUACGGCGCAGGUCUUGAGCGCUUGUCAGGGAUCCUGGGUGUAAGCACAGAGCAGGCUCGCCGAUUCCAGGACAGCUUUCUCCAGACAUACAUGGAAGUGCAAAAGUUUAUCCAGAAGACUGUUGCUGAGUGUCAGCAAAAAGGUUAUGUUCUGUCAAUUAUGGGCCGACGACGUACCCUUCACAACAUUAACUCUCCUGACUGGAGUGUUCGUAUGCAAGCUGAGAGACAAGCUGUCAACUUUGUGGUCCAAGGCUCAGCUGCAGAUCUUUGUAAAAUGGCAAUGAUCAGAAUCUUCAACCUACUCUCCACCUCCAGCUCUGUCUCUGCCAGGCUGGUUGCACAGCUCCACGAUGAGCUUUUGUACGAAGUGGAAGACUCGCAGAUACAGCAGUUUGCAGCUGUUGUGAAAAGUACUAUGGAGUCUCUUGAGCACAUUGAUCAACAAAACAUCCAUCUUAAAGUACCCCUUAAGGUUGCGGUCUCAAGUGGAAAAUCUUGGGGAUCCAUGUCUGAGCUUAAUGUAUAG